AUGGAAAAUUCAGCCAGAUCUCAAACAGAAUUCCAGACCUUCUUCCGGGAAUGGUUGAUCCAACUGGAGCUCUACCUUAAUCAGCUUCUCAACUUUCUUCAGUUCCCAGAUGAUCAUCAACAAGACCAGCCCAAUCACAAACAACUCAUUCUCCGAGUCAUGGCUCACUACCAUGACUACUUCCUUGCCAAGGCGCGAGUUUCUAGCCGGAAUGUGUUUCUUGUUCUGUCACCACCGUGGUUCAGCCCCUAUGAGAGAACCUUCCUAUGGGUGGCUGGAUUUAAGCCGGGUCUUUCCCUCUGUAUCGUGAAAACAUGUGGGCUGGAGUUGACUUCCGAUCAGGUGGAGAGGAUAGAGAGGUUGACGGUGGAGACUAAAGAUGAUGAGAGUGCGAUUGCGGAGAGGCUGGUGACAUUACAGCAGCAGGUGUUGGCGCCGACCAUUCUGGCACUGACCAGGAUGGGAGGAAGGGAAGUGAAUGGGAUGAUUGAUGAUGCGGAUGCCGCUGUGGAUAGUUUGGCAAAGGGUAUGGAAUUUUUGGUUGGGUUGGCGGAUUUUUUGAGGGAGAAGACGGUGGCGAAGGUGGUGGGGAUACUGACGACGGAUCAGACGGUGAUGUUCUUAGCGGCUAUGAUUCAAUUUCAGCUAAGAAUUAGGAGGUGGGGGCAGCUGAGGGAGACGGAGAUCCAUCGCGACGCUAAUAAUCCACUCUCGUCCGGAUUCGGAGGUGGGGGCAGCUGA